AUGGCGAACGACCAAGAGAUGAGUGGAUGGACUGAUCUUCUCCAUUCUUCAACAAAGCUCCUCGAGCAAGCGGCUCCUUCGGCUCAGUUUCCUCCUCUUCAGAGAAAUUUGGAUCAAUUGGAAGCAUUGUCGAGGAAGCUUAAGGCUAAAACCCUAAGAAACGAAGCUCCUUCACAGUCUCUUGCUGCUACAAGACUACUUGCACGGGAGGGAAUCGAUGCAGAGCAAUUGUCUCGUGAUCUAAAGUCAUUUGAGUUAAAGACGACAUUUGAGGAUGUAUUCCCUGCCGAGACAACAAGUGUUGAAGAAUACCUGCAACAGGUUCAUGAGAUGGCAAUGGUAUCAGCUAUACAGGAGGCCCAAAAGGAUAAUGUUCGAAGCUUUAAUGAUUACAUGUUGAAAGUAUUGGAGGAGGACUGUAGAAAAGAAAAACGUGACUUCCUUCAAAGCCGUAGCAGAAUUUCAAUGUCACCUAAGACCAAGAUGAUCGACAGAACCAGAGAUACUCAUGUUGGUCAACUAGUGCCUGUGGCUUUGAGUCCUCAAGUAUCUUCAAAACCUGGAACAGAACUCGUGUCUCUGCCCACUCAUGAGAAAAAAGCAUCUGUCUAUGCAGAGGUUGUGAAGAACCUAAACUCUUCAAGAGAACGAGGCUUGCAAUUUAGACCUGCAAUAUCCUUCAAGAGUGCUUAUGAAAGUCUAGGAAUUGAUAUGGCUCGUGGAAAAUCAGCCGGCAUGCAGAAAAUAUGGCAACUUAUUCAGGCAAUGACAGGUGAAGAUUCAGCAGUACAACAGGGUGUUUCCAAAAGGUCCAAAAGGAUGUCCCUCGUGAUAGGUGCAAGACGCCACUUGGAAUGUGGGCAUGAGAAAUAUAUAAUGGAUACAAUUCAAAGUCAUCCUACACAAGCAGCUCUUGGUGGAUCUGUUGGAAAUUUGCAAAGAAUUCGUGCUUUCCUUCGGAUUCGUCUGAGGGAUAAUGGGGUUUUAGAUUUUGAUUCAGGUGAUGCUCGUAGGCAGCCUCCAGUUGAUACUACUUGGCAGCAGAUAUAUUUUUGCUUGAGAACUGGUUAUUAUGACGAGGCUAGAGAAAUCGCCCAAUCUUAUCGGUCAUCUCAACAGUUCGCUCCUCUGCUUACAGAGUGGAUUACCGAAGGUGGUACGGUGGCUACAGAAACCGCUGCUAUUGCUUCUGAAGAAUGUGAGAAACUGUUUAGGAUGGGUGGGUUGGGCCGAACAACAUAUGACAAGAAGAAGCUCCUACUCUACACUAUCAUAUCUGGUUCCCGAAGGCAAAUUGAUCGCAUCUUGAGGGAAUUUUCGACGCUCUUUUACACAAUAGAAGAUUUUCUGUGGUUCAAGCUAUCAUGCAUAUGUGACGUUGCUGGUGGAUCUUCAUCUGUGGUCUUUAACGAUGGGCUAGUGCCAUACAGUUUAGAUGAUCUUCAGGCUUAUCUUAAUAAUUUUGAGCCUUCUUAUUACACUAAGAAUGGCAAAGACCCUCUGGUAUACCCAUAUGUUCUGCUUCUUAGCAUUCAAUUACUAUCGGCGAUCAUGCACAUGUCCAAAGAAGCAGGAGAUGAAGGGUAUAACAUUGAUGCUGUCCACAUAGCUAUCUCGCUAGUGGACCAUUCCGUUCUAUCUGAAGGAUCUGGGACUGGCCACAAACUAAGUUUGAUGGAUGCUAAUGCCGAAGCAUCUAGCAUGAUAAGGCAAUAUGGGUCGAUGUAUUUGCAUCACGGUGAUCUGCAAACAACGUUGGAAUACUACGCACAAGCUGCUAUCGCAGUAGGUGGGGGACAACUAGCUUGGUCUGGAAGAAGUAAUGUGGAUCAACAAAGGCAAAGGAACUUGAUGCUGAAGCAACUACUGACUGAGAUUUUGUUACGAGAGGGUGGUAUUUACUUUCUGCUUGGUGCUAGUGGUUCUGGUGAAGAAGGCGAGCUUGGAAGAUUUCUACCUGAUUCAAAAUUGAGGCAGCAGUUCUUGAUCGAAGCUGCGCAUCAAUGUCAAGAAGCUGGAUUAUAUGAAAAAUCUAUAGAAAUACAGAAGAGAGUUGGUGCCUUUUCGGCUGCUUUGGAAACAAUAAACAAGUGUCUAUCUGAAGCCAUUUGCUCUCUUAUCCGUGGAAGGUCAGAUGGUGAAAGCCGAACAUCAGGGCUUGUUCUCUCGGCCAACGAUAUUCUCAAUACCUACAAAUAUUACGCUGAAGUCGGUGUCCAGGAAAGAGAGCGAGUCAUGGAACAAGAAACAAUACUAAGAGAGCUUGAGGCAAUACUGUCGAUCCAUAAGUUGGCCAGACUAGGCAAUCAUCUAGACGCCUUGAGAGAAGUCGCGAAACUCCCCUUCCUUCAUCUCGAUCCAAGACUGCCCGAUACAACCCCCAACGAGUACCAGAGAGCAUCCUCUUACUUCCAGACAUGUGUUCCUGACUUACUUAAGGUAGUUAUGACCUGCCUGGAUAAUGUACCCGACACUGAUGGAUCGAUCCUGGCCAUGAGAUCUAAGAUUGCUGGGUUUCUUGCACGCAACACAGACCGGAACUGGCCUCGAGACUUGUACGAGAAAGUUGCUCGAAGCUUUUGA